GACUGAGAGAUGAGAAUCAGAAUUAACCGCCUUACCGCCUUACCAACUGGCUCUGUCUACAGUCCACGCGUACGUAUAUCCAUAUAGAGGAUACACGUGUGGUGCUGUAGGGACGGAGUACUUCGUACAUACAGCCUCCCUAUGUCGCGGUGACGGGUCGGUUUCAUGUAACAUAUGGCAUGGCAUGGCAUGGCAUGGCGUCGCAGCCCAGCUCGUCGAUCUUCUUGUGGGUAUUUUGCUCCCUCGCCCCGAGCCUCUGCCUGAAAAUAUCAGGUGAAAAGCAGAGUCAUUUCGUAUCUAUUCGUGCCCGUCUGCGUCUGCGUUGCUCAAGGCUGUGUUGGUGUGGGUGGGAUUGGGGUCUAGUGUAUCCCUUCCUGGGUGACCCCCCUGGCCAACGGGAGCCACUCACGAACGCUGAAAUACCACCGCGCAGAGGGCUGGCCAAUCGCGGCAAAAUAAGAACAUCCCAACAAUCGGAGCCGGAGGAAGGCUUGGCGGGGCGAGCGAGCCCAGGAGCGCGCCGAUUGGGACCGAGCAAUGAGGGCCUUUCUCUGAAGUUCGGUGUUUGGUAUGCACUUGCUUGCUCUGUUCGUGACCGAUAGCUCAAGGCUGGGCUUGGCUGGGCUGGCUUGCCUCGUGUGUCAUGUCAAGACGAGACUGACUGUGCGGGCAUUUGUCAGUGUGUGUGCACAUCUCGAGGUGCGUAUGCGUGUGGUCGUGAAGGUGCGCGUGGGUGGGAGUGAGAGAGAGUCUGCGCGUGUCUGAAUUCCAACACCGGCCCCCAGACGAGCCAGUCUAAGCCAGGCCACCGAAGACAGCCUUCUGCAAGUUAUGUGCAGCAGAAACAACAGCAGCAGCAACAACAGCAGCAGAAAGCGGGCAACAGCACAGGCAGGGUGGUGUGCUCAAAGUCAAC